AUGCUCGCAAGCACGACACGGCGGAGCGGGAAGGCGCUCCGGCUAGAGAUAUCGGAGAUCGUGUUCACCAUCAGCAACAUCAGGGAGAUACUGCAGUACGCGGAGAGCCACGUGAUGCUCCAGAAGCUGGGAAUCGAGACCUUGACGAGCCCUGCGAUGGAGGAGGAGGCGAGGGAGAGGAUCGGCAGCACGGGAGGGAUGAUCAAGGAGCUGCUGUGGAUCUUCUUCAGGGAAGGAUUGACGCAGCAGCAGAACACGGUGAAGGUCGAAUCAGCAGGGGAGGCGCUCGCUAUGCUGGCAUUGGAGAGCACGAACAACUGCUACUGGAUUCUGAAGGAAAUGAAUGCCGUGGAAAGGCUGGUUGAAGCGUUGACCGAUCCGGUGCUUCAGAUAAAUUCGGCGAGGAUUCUUCGCAAUCGGUGCAAGCAUGUCGGGAACGAGUUAUUUGUUGUGUCUCAGAGGAGUCACCGCCGGCAUUUGCAUGGUAAGGAUACAUAAAAUGCAAGACACAUGUCAUAUCUAAGAAAUUGAAUUAAUAUGUGAAAAAGGCAAAAAUGCUCCACUGGUUUGCUGCUUAUAUGGAGGUUGUAAAUGCAAUGAUACAGCAGAGAUGAAACUGCUGGAGGUAUCCCUUGGUCUUGCCACACAAGUCUUCAGGUUCAGGGAUGCUGGAGUACUCUCUCCAAGCAACUUGAACAACUUGGCACCAGGGAGGGGGAAUUUGCAGAGAGGCUGGUGCAGAUACUUGAGGAGUACAACCACCCAUCUACCAAGGUCCCCAGAAUAAGGAGGUCCACAAUAGAAAUCACAAUCUGGAUGAUGAACUGUGAUGAGAAAUAUAACAGACUCUUCACUGGUCCAGGCAUGGAGGAGGAGCUCCAAUGUGUCUCAGAGAUUGAAUGUUUCAACAUAUUCUCUGGCAGUGUGGGGUCUGAGCAGACAUGGCACACCCCUUGGCUCCCUUGUGGACAUUGCACUAGAGCUGAUGGGCACAAGCUGAAGGUGCAAUGACUUGAUCCUUUCUGAGUGAUCACAUUCUUUUGUAUGAGAGAUGUAUUCAUUCAUUGGUGCAUCAACUAAGGCUACAAGUGCUGAA